AUGUCUGACGAGAAAUCACAGCUGAUCGAAGCCUUCUACAACUUUGAUAACGACUACGAUGGAUUCGUUAGUGUUGAGGAGUUCAGAGGAAUCUUGAGAGACGGUCUUCCAAUGUCUGAGCAUGAGAUUCAAGAGUUCUUUGCAGCAGCUGAUCCAACCAACAGUGGUUUCAUCGAUUAUAAAGCAUUCGCCGCCAUGUUAUACUCUGUCGAUGAAUCA